AGCCCCGGCCCCCCAUCACCACCUUCCUCUCUCCCUGCAGCCCCGCGUUUCCGCUUCCCGGCGCCUCGGCAGCUUCCCAUCCCUUCAUCCUCCCAUCCCUGCAUCCCUCCAUCCCGGCAUCCUCCCAUCCCUUCAUCCUCUCAUCCCUGCAUCCGUGCUGCCCGGCGUCCCUGCGUUCUGCAUCCCGGCAUCCUUCCAUCCCUCCAUCCCUGCAUCCCUCCAUCCCUGUAUCCUUCCAUCCCUCCAUCCCUGCAUCCUUCCAUCCCUCCAUCCCUCCAUCCUUCCAUCCCUCCAUCCCUCCAUCCCUGUAUCCUUCCAUCCCUCCAUCCCUGCAUCCUUCCAUCCCUCCAUCCCUCCAUCCCUCCAUCCCAGCGCCGCCCUGUGAAGCCCGGCCAAGGCUCUGAGCCGUGACCGCUCGGUUUUGGGGGGCAGCGGGGGCCGCAGGGCCGGGGGGCCGCGGCCGGGCUCAGCACCAGCCCCGGGGCGGGCGGGGGCUCAGGACCCCCCGCGCCCACCCUCGGCACAGCCCCGCGCCGGGGAUGAGGCAGCGCCGGGGGGGCCACGAGCGACGCCGCAGGUAACGCAGCUGGCGGGAGCUCGCCACCCCCGGGCCACCAUGCCGUCCUCCAAGAGCGAGAGCGAGUUCUGGAUCGACGGAUCCCACCGCGAGGUGGCCCUGGAAGAUUUCUACGUCAUGGGCCCCGAGCUGGGACGGGGAGCCACCUCGGUGGUGUUCAGCUGCCAGGAGAAGGGAACAGGAGCCCCCUACGCUGCCAAGAUCCUGAAGAAGACGAUCGACAAAAAGAUCGUGAGGACGGAGAUCGGGGUCCUGCUGCGGCUCUCACACCCCAACAUCAUCAAGCUGAAGGAGAUUUUCGAGACGCCCUCGGAGAUCGCGCUCGUCCUGGAGCUGGUGACGGGGGGAGAGCUCUUUGACAGGAUCGUGGAGAGGGGGUUCUACAGCGAGCGGGACGCGGCUCACGUGGUCAAGCAGAUCCUGGAGGCGGUUUCGUAUUUGCACGAAAACGGGGUCGUCCACCGGGACCUGAAGCCGGAGAACCUGCUCUACGCAGACCUGUCCCCCGACGCGCCCCUCAAAAUCGGUGACUUCGGGCUCUCCAAGAUCGUGGAUGAGCAGGACACCAUGAAAACGGUCUGCGGGACGCCGGGGUACUGCGCCCCCGAAAUCCUCCACGGGUGCCCCUACGGCCCUGAAGUGGACAUGUGGAGCGUGGGCGUCAUCACCUACAUCCUGCUCUGCGGGUUCGAGCCCUUCUUCGACCCUCGGGGGGACCAGUACAUGUACAGCCGCAUCCUCACCUGCGACUACGAGUUCGUGUCCCCGUGGUGGGACGAGGUGUCCCCCAACGCCAAGGACCUGGUCAGAAAACUGAUCGUUUUGGACCCCCAGAAGAGGCUGACGGUCUCGCAGGCCCUGGAGCACCCCUGGGUCACCGGGAAGGCUGCUAAGUUUGCUCACAUGGACAGCACGCAGAAGAAGCUGCAGGAAUUCAACGCCAGGAGGAAACUAAAGGCUGCCAUGAAGGCCGUGGUGGCCUCCAGCCGCCUGGGCAACCACGGGCACCACGACUGCUCCCGCGGCGGGCGCAGCCAGGGGGGUCCCCGGGGCCCCCGCCCGCCCCAGGGCUCGGGGACCCCCGGCCCCGGAGCCCCCACGGCCGGCGAGGACCUCGGCGUGUUCCAGAGCGACCACCCCCCCGUGCCCCCCGUGCCCCUGCCCGGCGCCGGCUGCCAGAGCUAACGGGGUCACCUGCGACCACCGACACCCGCCGAGCCUGGGGGGAGCCCCGAGCCCGUGGGCUGGGCUGUGGGACGUCCUUCUUUCCUGUCCUGUUCCAGUGAGUCCUCCCGGUCCUGUCCCUGUGUGUCUGUGCCCACCCGGCUCGGGGACCGGGCGGGGCUGGGGUGUGACCCCUGGGAUGUGACCCCUGGGGUGUGACUCCUGGGGUGUGACCCCUGGGAUGUGACCCCUGGGAUGUGACCCCUGGGAUGUGACUCCUGGGAUGUGACUCCUGGGAUGUGACUCCUGGGGUGUGACCCCUGGGAUGUGACCCCUGGGAUGUGACUCCUGGGGUGUGACCCCUGGGGUGUGACCCCUGGGAUGUGACCCCUGGGAUGUGACUCCUGGGAUGUGACUCCUGGGGUGUGACCCCUGGGGUGUGACCCCUGGGAUGUGACCCCUGGGAUGUGACUCCUGGGAUGUGACUCCUGGGGUGUGACCCCUGGGGUGUGACCCCUGGGAUGUGACUCCUGGGGUGUGACUCCUCUUCCCUCGGCCUCUGGGGCUGGGAAAGGUCCCAAGUGGCUUAAAAACGAGGAGCAAAGAGCAGCACAAAGGAUUUCUGUCCCCUCCCCUCCAGAGGCAGUGGGUUGUCUUUGAGGGGUUUGUACUUUCCUGUAAAUAGUCCUGGAAGGUUUAUUUCUUUAGGUUAUUGCUGCCCCUUGCUGUGAUGUCUCCAGUGCUGUCACCAGGCCCAGCUGGGGGUUUGCUGCUGUGUUAGACGAGGUUUUAGGAGCCUCUGAACCCAGAUUUUUGAUCCUCUCUGGAGAAAAGUGUGUGCCAGUGGUUCCCUUGCCAUCCCUGGUUGGUGGCUGACCUCCAAUUUGGUUUUCUUCCACCUGGUUUUGUGUGUUCCCACCUUGUCUUGCUGUGGAUUCGUGGUGGUGGGGGGGUUGUCAUGGAACUGGGAAUGCUGGCCUGGCCUCUCCUUGGCAUCCCAGGUCAGCAUUUACACCACAGUUUUAAGGAAGAACAAGGUAACCCUUUCCAGGGUGCUUUGUGGGACAACUGUAACUGCUGUGCCCUGAGGGAGGGCAGCGAGUUGACACCUACUUGGGUUGUUUGUUUGUUUUUUAAUGAAAUCAGGGGACAAACCUCUUGAAAUUUUCUAGCCACAGGACAAGAAUUUGCAGAUUUUAAUACAGAACAAGUGACCAGACAGGAAAAGCCAUAUUCCACCUGGGAAUUGCUGCACAGCCCCAGCUGGGGGGGUCCAGCAAGGUUUGAUCCCUGAGGCAGUCCAUGGCCUGCACCCCCCCAUCUGGGUUUGUAGCAGUGUGUUCAGGGCAAAACCUCCCCUGGAGGAGGGUCGGUGUGUACAGGGGGUUCAAUCCCCCAGGACAGGGGUGCAGAACUGAACAGCUGGUACAGGAGGGGCAAAGACCCCCCAAAAGGGGUGUUUUGCCGAAGCUGAAGCCGCGGUGACGGGCCCAGGGGUGACAGAGCAGGGUCAGCAGGGCCAUCAGAGCACGGGAGGAAAACGUGGCAUGAGGAUUUUGUGUUUGUUUGCAGCACAAGCAGAAAUCCAAAGGGCUCCGUGGAAGGGCUGAUCCACCCUGUGGAGCUCAGUGAUGUUUAGGGAGCUUGUAAGGCCAAAUACAGAGGAGAAAUAGGAUGUUCAAGGGGGGUUUUUACUUGGAAAAAUAUUAUGUCUUGAGCAGAACUGGACUUUUUUUAACUGAGCUGUCCCCGUGUGGGAUGUCACGGGGGAGGACGUGGACGCUGAGCCCGUGGGAUGCUGCAGCACCAGGAAAUUAUCCCUUUUUCUUUGCAUUUCACAGCAGGGGCAAGUUUUUUCUCUCCUUUUUCUAAUCCCGAGGGCUGACCUUUGCAGUGUGUUCUCAUCUCCAGUCUCUGUCCCACCCUUGGUGUGUCCUUCCAGCUCCGUGUUGUCUCCAUGUGCUCCAGGGACCGGAACCCCACCUUGAACCUUGUUGUUUAUUAACCCGGGUUUUAAAGACUGUUUUAUAUCCUCUGACAUGAAAUACUGAUUAAAGCACCUUGCAGGACCAGGCUGGAGUGCUCAGCACCCCCAGAGCCUGGGAAGCAGGGACUGGUGCUGGGAAUGGCUGAGUGACAUUGCUGAGCAUUCCCAAUCCCGCAGAAAAGUGGGAAUUAAGGUUUCAGUGAGGUAACAAAAAAAUAAAUUACACAAAGUGUCUCCAGUGGUGGAAAGCAUGGGGUGGGGGGAGGAAGCUGGGAGCAAAAACAGGAGUUUGCCUCUUAUGUUAACAACUAUUCCACAGGUAUCCGUACUUAAAGGUAGGAAAAGUGUGCUCCUGGGAGUAAAGCCCGCGGAGGGGCACUUGGGUCUGUUGCUGUUUGCAGAGUGUGUUUGAGUAACUGCUCCAGUGUAGUGGUGACAGUUCUGGUAUCGAGGUGUUCAUAACGAAGUAGAGACAGCCAAUAAAGUAUCAAACAUCA